AUGGGUUUGCCUUUUGAACAAGUGGAAGAACUGCGUCUCUACCAGCAAACUCUCCUCCAGGAUGGACUCAAAGACAUGUUGGACCACAAUAAAUUUCUGGAUUGUGUCUUAAAAGUCAAGGGGAAGGAGUUUCCCUGCCAUCGGCUGGUGCUGGCAGCUUGCAGCCCAUAUUUUCGAGCGAUGUUCCUCUCGGACAUGGAGGAGAGCAAGAAAAGGGAGGUCAGUUUGGAAGAUGUUGAUCCAGAUGUCAUGGGCAAGAUCCUCCAUUAUAUCUACACCUCCGAGCUGGAGAUCACAGAGCAGAAUGUGCAGGACAUCUUCUCUGUGGCCAACAUGUUCCAGAUCCCCUCCAUCUUCACUGUCUGCGUGUCCUUCUUGCAGAAGCGGCUUUGCCUCAGCAACUGCUUGGCUAUCUUCAGGCUGGGCUUGAUGCUGGAUUGUGCCCGGCUGGCCGUGGCAGCUCGGGAUUUCAUUUGCGAUCGCUUUGCUCUGGUCUCUCGGGACGAGGAGUUCUACCAGCUUUCACCUGAUGAGCUUAUUGCAAUCAUCUCCAGUGACUCCCUCAACAUCGAGAAAGAGGAGACUGUCUUCGAAGUAGUGAUGAAGUGGGUGGGGACCAAGGACCAUGACAGCCGGCAGAAGGCCUUGCCUGUCAUCUUUGAAAGCAUCCGCUUCCGCCUCAUGCCCAACGACUACAUCAAGGACCACGUGGAGAAUCACGCCAUGGUGAAGUCCAGCCCGGAGCUGGUCAAGAAACUGCAGAUGGUGAAGGAUGCCCAGAAAGGCAAAUUCACUGUGGUGAAGAAGAAGAAAGUGAAGAAAAGCAGUGAAAAGCAAGCGAAAGACAAUGUUGUCAAUGGAGCCAUUGAUGAGGAGGAAGGUACAGAGGAAGAUGCUCUCCCAGGGAUCUUAAAUGACACAAUGCGCUUUGGGAUGUUCCUCCAGGACCUUAUUUUCAUGGUGAGCGACAGUGGAGCAGUGGCCUAUGAUCCCACCGCCAACGAGUGCUAUUUUGCCUCCCUGUCUACUCAAAUCCCAAAGAACCACAUCAGUCUGGUGACCAAAGAGAAUCAGAUCUUCAUUGUCGGCGGACUGUACUACAAUGAGGACAGCAAAGAGGAUCCCAUGAGUUCCUACUUCCUACAGUACGACCAUCUGGAUGCAGACUGGCUGGGGAUGCCCCCCCUGCCCUCCCCUCGCUGCCUCUUUGGCCUGGGAGAGGCGGAAAACUCCAUUUUUGUGGUUGGAGGGAAAGAACUGAAAGAGGGAGAAAAGACCUUGGAUUCGGUCCUGUGCUAUGACCGGCUGUCCUUCAAGUGGGGUGAAGCCGAUUCCCUUCCCUAUGCAGUCUAUGGCCACGCCGUGGUAUCGCACAAAGACCUCGUCUACGUCAUUGGCGGCAAAGGAAGCGACAAGAAGUGCCUGAAGAAGAUGUGUGUCUACAACCCAUCCAAGUUUGAGUGGAAGGAGUUGGCUCCCAUGAAAACCGCCCGGUCCCUGUUUGGAGCCACUGUGCACAAAGACAAAAUCUACGUGGCGGCUGGUGUUACUGACUCCGGUUUGACCAACUCGGUGGAAGUCUAUGACAUUGCCACCAACAAGUGGGACACUUUCACUGAGUUCUCCCAGGAGCGCAGCUCGGUCAGCCUGGUGAGCUUGGCUGGGGUGCUCUACCUGCUCGGGGGGUUCGCCACGGUGGAGACGGAGUCUGGAGACCUGGUGCCAACGGAGCUGAAUGAUGUUUGGAGGUAUGAUGAAGAGCAGAAGAAGUGGGAGGGGGUCCUCCGGGAGAUCCAGUACGCCUCCGGUGCCACUUUCCUUCCCGUGCGCCUCAAUGUUUUACGUCUAACGAAGAUGUAG